GACAAACACGUGAGGCCGUCAGUUAGACUGACCUGCGGACGGGCUUGGAACUUCCAGCUUCAGCGUGGUCAUGUUUCUCCAGUAUUACCUCAAUGAACAGGGAGACCGGAUCUAUACCCUGAAGAAAUUGGACCCUACGGGACAACAGACCUGCUCGGCCCAUCCUGCUCGGUUCUCCCCAGACGACAAAUACUCUAGACACCGAAUCACCAUCAAGAAACGUUUCAAGGUGCUGAUGACCCAGCAACCGCGCCCUGUACUCUGAGGGUCCCUUAAAUUUCAUGUCUUUCCUGCCGCCUGCGACCCCUCUGAGACUUUCCUAAACCAAGCUCUUCAAUUCGUGAGCCUUGAAGCCUUCUAGCCACCCUUGCUUUUUGGAAUCCGGUGUCAUCAUUACCUUUGAUCAUGCAUAUGCCACUCAAUCAUGGUAGUAUCGCCUUAAAUGGAACAAAUUUGAAUCUGCUUUUUAUAUUUGCCUCACUGUCAGGUUAUUAAAAUGAUUUGAAAGAGC